AUGAGGAAUAUUAACAUCAACCCGGCCUGGUACAGCGAGGACGUGCCCGACCAGAGGCUGAUGUCACGCCGCUUGAUCUGCAGCUUCCGCGGCUCAGUGACUCAGGGUUUGGCUCUGGAGGUUGGAGAGACGGUUCAGAUCCUGGAGAAAUGUGAAGGAUGGUUCCGAGGAUUUUCAACGAGGAAGCCAAAUGUCAAGGGAGUUUUUCCAGCCAACUACAUUCACUUGAAGAAAUCCAUCGUCACCAAUCGAGGGCCUCAUGAGACCGUGGUGCCUCUGGAGGACCCCAUCGUUACCGAGGUGACGUCCACGCUGCAGGAAUGGGCCUUACUGUGGAAACAGCUCUAUGUGAAACACAAGGUGGAUCUGUUCUACAAGGUUCGUCACGUGAUGAUGGAGCUGAUCGACCUGAGGAGGCAGCUGCUGUCCGGUCACCUGACGCAGGACCAGAGCCGGGACGUCAAACGGCACAUCACCGUCAGACUGGACUGGGGCAAUGAACACAUGGGUCUGGACCUGGUGCCGAGGAAGGAGUUUGAGAUGGUGGACGAGGAGCAGAUCAGCGUCUCCGAUCUUUAUAAAAUGCAUCUGUCCAGCAGACACAGUGUUCAGCAGAGCACCACACAGGGCGACAGUACGCGGCAGCGACACGGCGACCCGUGCAGAGUUCCGGUACCGCACCACCUACUGGUCAACCUGAAGAGCUUCACCUACAACAGCAUCGGAGAGGACACGGACAUCUUCUUCUCUCUGUACGACCUGAGAGAGGGAAAGACCAUCAGUGAGAAGUUCAUGGUGAGACUGAACAAGAACGGAGGCCCGAAGAAUCCAGAGAAGGUGGAGAGGCUGUGUGCACUCUUCACGGAUCUGAGCAACAAAGACAUGAAGAGAGAUUUGUACAUCGUGUCACAAGUCAUCAGAACAGGUCGCAUGUUGCUGAACGACAGUAAGAAAGGUCCGCCACACGUUCAAUACCGGCGGCCGUACGGAUGUGCCGUCCUGGCCAUGAGUGACGUCCUGCAGACCAUCUCUGAGCUGAAGGAGGAGAAAGACUUUGUCCUGAAAGUGUACACGUGUAACAAUGAGAACGAAUGGUACCAGAUCCAUGAGAACAUCAUCCGCAAGUCCAGCACCAAAUACACAGCUCCCAGCACCAACUAUGGCCUCAUCAUCUCUCUCCAGCUGCUGAGAGGCGACAUGGAGCAGGUCCGCAGGGAGAACCCUCUCAUUUUCAGCAGAGGCGUGGCCAUCACACGCAAACUGGGAUUCCCAGAUGUCAUCAUGCCCGGUGACAUCCGGAACGACCUGUACCUGACGCUGGAGCGAGGGGAUUUUGAGAGAGGAGGGAAGAGCGUUCAGAAGAACAUUGAAGUCACCAUCUUUGUGCUUUAUGCCGAUGGAGAGAUCCUCAAGGACUGUAUCAGUGUAGGUUCAGGGGAGCCCAACGUGCCCGAGCAUCGCUCCUUCGUGCUGUACCACAACAACAGCCCCCGCUGGAGUGAAGUCAUCAAACUACCGAUCCCCAUCGACCGUUUCAGAGGGUCCCACAUCCGCUUCGAGUUCAGACACUGCUCCACAAAAGACAAAGGAGAGAAGAAGCUGUUUGGUUUUGCCUUCACUCCUCUGAUGAGGGAGGAUGGAACCACUCUUUCAGACGAGAGCCACGAACUCUACGUUUACAAGUGUGAUGAGAACACGACGUUCAGUAACCACGCCCUCUACCUGGGCCUGCCCUGCUGUAAAGACGACUUCAACAGCUGUCCCAGCAUCCCCUCCAGCCUCAUCUUCCAGCGCAGCUCCAAGGAGACCUUCUGGAUCUCCACACAGCUGUCCUCCACCAAGCUCACUCAGAACGUCGACCUCCUGGCUCUGCUCAAGUGGAAGGCUCAUCCGGACCGGGUCAUGGACAUCCUCGGCCGGCUCCGACACGUCAGCGGAGAAGAGAUAGUCAAGUUUCUACAAGACAUUCUGGACACGUUGUUCUCCAUCUUAGACGACAACACAGACAAGUAUGGACCUCUGGUGUUCCAGUCACUGGUUUUCAUCAUCAACCUGCUCAGGGACAGUAAAUAUUAUCACUUCAGACCUGUGAUGGACACGUACAUUCAGAAACACUUUGCUGGAGCUCUGGCCUACAAGGAGCUGAUCCGCUGUCUGAGGUGGUACAUGGACCGCUCUGCAGAGGUGGUCAGACAGGACCACAUCCAGGAAGCCAUGAGGGCUCUGGAGUAUCUGUUCAAGUUCAUCGUUCAGUCCAGGAUCCUUUACUCUCGAGCCACGUGUGGGAUGGAGGAGGAGCAGUUUCGCACCAGCAUCCAGGAACUGUUCCAGUCCAUCCGCUUCGUCCUCAGUCUGGACAGCCGCAACUCAGAGACGCUCAUCUUCACACAGGCCGCUCUGCUCAACUCGUUCCCGGCCAUCUUUGACGAGCUGCUGCAGAUGUUCACGGUGCAGGAGGUGGCGGAGUUUGUGCGCGGCACUCUGGGCAGCAUGCCGUCCACCGUGCACAUCGGACAGUCCAUGGACGUGGUCAAACUGCAGUCCAUCGCCCGCACUGUGGACAGCCGGCUCUUCUCAUUCCCAGAGUCUCGAAGGAUCCUGCUUCCUGUGGUCCUACAUCACAUCCAUCUGCAUCUGAGGCAGCAGAAAGAGCUGCUCAUCUGCUCUGGAAUACUCAGCUCUAUAUUCUCUAUUAUCAAGACCAGCUCCCUGGAAUUCUUGCUGAAGAUUCUGUGUGUGUUCAGAAAUCUGAUGAAGCUCAGUAUCUUCCCUCGUGACUGGAACAUAAUGAGACUCCUCACCAGCAACAUCAUCCUGACCACGGCUCAGUAUUUGUCACCUGCUCUGCACAAGAACUUCACUGAAGCAGAGUUUGAUUUCAAGGUGUGGAACUCCUACUUCAGUUUGGCCGUCCUCUACAUCAACCAGCCCAGUCUGCAGCUGGAGAACCUGAGUCCUGCGAAGAGGAAAAAGGUUUUAGACAAGUACGGGGACAUGAGAGUGAUGAUGACCUACGAGCUGUUCAGCAUGUGGCAGAAUCUGGGUGAGAAUAAAAUCCAUUUCAUCCCCGGGAUGAUCGGCCCGUUCCUGGGAGUGACGCUCGUCCCUCAGGUGGAGGUGAGAAACAUCAUGAUUCCAAUCUUCCACGACAUGAUGGACUGGGAGCAACGCAAGAAUGGAAACUUCAAGCAGGUGGAGGCUGAACUGAUCGAUAAACUGGACAGUUUGGUUUCUGAAGGGAAAGGAGACGAGAACUACAGAGAACUCUUCGGUUUGCUAACCCAGCUGUUUGGGCCCUACCCCAGUCUGUUGGAGAAGAUCGAGCAGGAGACGUGGAGGGAGACGGGCGUUUCCUUCGUUACCUCCGUCACACGGCUGAUGGAGCGACUGCUGGACUACAGGGACUGUAUGAAGGGAGACGAGACGGAGAACAAGAAGAUCGGCUGCACCGUGAACCUGCUGAACUUCUACAAGUCAGAGAUCAACAAGGAGGAGAUGUACAUCCGCUACAUCCACAAACUGUGUGAUAUGCAUCUACAGGCCGAGAACUACACAGAGGCUGCGUUCACUCUGCUGUUGUACUGGGAGCUGCUGCACUGGGACGAGCGGCCGCUGAAAGACUUCCUGCACUACUCUGCUCAGACAGAGUGGCACCGCAAGGAGGCGCUCUGUCGCAAGGUCAUCCACUACUUCAACAAGGGAAAGUGCUGGGAGUACGGGAUCCCUCUUUGCAGGGAGCUGGCCUUCCAGUAUGAAUCUCUGUACGACUACCAGAGUCUGAGCUGGAUACGGAAAAUGGAGGCAGCGUAUUAUGACAACAUUAUGGAGCAGCAGCGUCUGGAGCCCGAGUUCUUCAGGGUGGGAUUCUACGGCAGGAAGUUCCCCUUCUUCCUCAGGAAUAAAGAGUUUGUGUGUCGCGGUCAUGACUACGAAAGGUUAGAGGCCUUCCAGCAAAGGAUGCUGGGAGAAUUCCCGCAAGCCAUUGCAAUGCAGCAUCCCAAUCAGCCAGAUGAGGCCAUUCUGCAGUGCGACGCACAGUACCUCCAGAUCUACGCCGUGACCCCGGUACCAGACGGCGUCACCGUGCUGCAAAUGGACAGAGUACCGGACCGCAUCAAGAGCUUCUACAGGGUCAACAACGUUCGGCGUUUCCGUUACGACCGGCCGUUCCACAAAGGACCCAAAGACCGAGACAACGAGUUCAAGAGUCUCUGGAUCGAGAGGACCACCCUGAUCCUCACGCACCCUCUGCCUGGAAUCUCUCGCUGGUUUGAGGUGGAGAAGCGAGAGCUGGUGGAGGUGAGUCCGUUGGAAAACGCCGUCUCUGUGGUGGAGAACAAGAACCAGGAGCUGCGGACUCUGAUCAGUCAGUACCAGCACAAGCAGCUGCACGGCAACAUCAACCUGCUCAGCAUGACCCUGAACGGAGUCAUCGACGCUGCCGUCAACGGAGGCAUCGCCAGAUACCAAGAGGCUUUCUUUGAUAAGGAAUACAUCACCAGCCACCCGGAGGACACGGAGAAGAUCACGCAGCUCAAAGACCUGAUGCAGGAGCAGGUUCACAUCCUCGGAGUCGGCCUGGCAGUGCACGAGAAGCUGGUGCACCCAGAAAUGCGGCCGCUGCACAAAAAGCUGAUCGAUCAGUUCCAGAUGAUGAGGAGCAGCCUCUGCCACGGUCUCCCUGGUUUGGACAAGGCCGGCUCAGGAGCCAACACUCCCAGAGGGAUCCUGACCUCACACAGCCCCCUGAGCCCCGAGAGCUUCAAACUCAUGCACCGGCACAGCCCCAUAGCUGUUUUGACUCCAGUGCGCAACUCCUCCUCCUCUCUCUCCUCCCACAACUCCAGUGAGAUGGGGAACGUUGGCAAUCUGCUGAUCCUGGCCGAUGGGAUGGUGGUGGAGCACCCAGAGGACUUCUACCGUAUGCAGGCAAGCCCCUCCUCCUCUAGCCUUAGCUCCACCCACUCUGCACCCUCUCAGAUGAUACACUCCGCCCCCUCCACCAUCAGAGUCGGUUCUCCUUCUCUGCCGGACAAAUACAGACACAACAGAGAGAUGCUGAUGCUGCUGCCGCCGCACAGAGAGCGGCCGAGCAGCGCCAUGUACACCAACAUCACAGAGAACGGCCAGCCAGCCAACUUCCAGCGGGCGUUGUUCCAUCAGGUGAUCGGUCCGUGUAAACCCUGCAGCGACCCCAACCUCUCCGUGGCUGAGAAAGUCCUCACCACCCCCAGUAGUUGGAGUUUGGACAGUGGCACCAGAGACGCUCUCCCCUUCCUCUCUGCCCACGUUGGCAGUGUCAUGGCGCCUCCUGUUCCCCCGAGAAACCUGCCUCACGCUCCAGUUGAAGAGUGA